AUGCGAGCCGUGAAUCAGCCUGAAUGUUCUGUGUUGGAUAGCGUGAAUGAAGCGGCGGGUGAGGCGAACGUGAAUGCAGUGGGCGGCGGGGAAGGGGCGGUGGAGCCGGAGGAGGAAGCCUGGAAGUCCUACUACGAACACCAUGAACACCCGUUGACGGCUGCCACGUCUGCCAUGCUCAACAUCAAUGGUGCUAACGACGAGGGCUCUUCGAAUUCUCCGACUGCGCCCAUCUUUUAUGAACCCUACUACAAAGUUCCGAUCGAGAAAGCCAACGUGUCCGGGGGGAAACAACUCUCCGAGAUGUGGCCGAUUCCGGCUUUCAGUCCAGGUGUGGGAUCUCGGGUAACUCUAACCACGGGUCCAAAGUUGCUCAACGGUACGGCUUCGGGAGUAUCGGAAACGGAGCUGCAUUCCUUGCUCGUAUCUGGGGGAGCCGGCUCGCCUCUCAUCAAACGAGAACCCGAAGACCUUCGAAGCUCUAAGUCCGGCAAGUCCAGCACAAGUCCCAUCGAUGUGAAAAGUGAACCUCAUCGCGAGGACGGGAGUCCGGAUUUGGGUGCCGUGUACACAUCGGCUGCCUACGGACACCCGUAUCCAGAAACUGCGGCUGCUCUAGUCCACUACAACAAUAGUGUUAGCGUGAACAGCAGCCGACCCAGCCCAUACUCCCUGAGUACGAGUGAUCACUAUUACCGCGAGUACUACAAUGCUCAAAAUGCGGCCGGGGAAGUGUACACGUUACGGCCGUACGAAGCAGGUGACGUAUCGGCCGCAGGAGUUGGGGCAUCUUCUGGCAGUGCAUUUGUAGACAGGUACUUGAGGACUCCUCAAGGCGGUUAUAAAUCCCCUGGCCAUGUGCUUUCCGUCGAUCUCCCGUCUCCAGACUCCGGGAUCGGAGCUGAAGCCGUCACACCUCGGGAACACAAUGCCAUUCAUCAGACGUUCGACUAUUCCGAGCUAGUAUCGGGGGGGUUGAUGGCGGGGGGUCCAGGGACGGAUGGCGUGUUGCCCGGGAUCCGAGGGCCCGGCAAUGCCAACAAUCAAGGCGCCAACAGGUCGAGAGCUUGGCACGACUUCGGCAGACAGUCUGAGGCUGAUAAAGUCCACAUUCCCAAAAUAUUCUCACCAGUGGGGUUCAAGUACUACCUGGAAACUCCGAUUUCCACGAGUCAACGGCGGGAGGACGACCGAGUCACGUACAUCAACAAGGGCCAGUUCUAUGGAGUUACACUGGAAUAUAUCCCUGAUCCUGAGAAUCCCCUCAAGUCACAAACUGUGAAGAGCCUAGUCGUGUUGGUGUUCAGGGAGGAAAAGUCAGCGGAAGAUGAAAUCAAAGCGUGGCAAUUUUGGCACGGGAGACAGCACAGCAUCAAGCAACGGAUCCUGGAUAUCGAUACCAAAAACAGUCUGGGUCUUGUGGGUUGCAUCGAGGAAGUGGCUCAUAAUGCCAUCGCUGUCUAUUGGAACCCUUUGGAGAGUCCUGCCAAGAUCAACAUCGCUGUCCAGUGCCUGAGUACGGACUUCAGCAGUCAGAAAGGAGUCAAGGGUCUCCCUCUUCAUCUCCAAAUCGACACCUAUGACGAACCUUCGAAAUCCGGUCCCGUGUGUCAUCGAGGCUACUGCCAGAUCAAAGUCUUCUGUGAUAAGGGUGCGGAGAGGAAAACGAGAGACGAGGAGCGUCGGGCGGCGAAGAGGAAAUUGACGGCAACGGGAAGGAAGAAGUUGGACGAACUUUAUCAUCCUCCGUGCGAAAGAUCGGAGUUCUAUUCCAUGAGUGAUCUCACGAAACCACCGUCUCUCUUUACUCCUGCCGACGACGUGGAUAAGCUGGCCUCGAUGGAACUGCAGAGCUUCUACUCCCAAGCUGCCUCGGACGACUCUUCGCAUUCCAGCGACAAGAAGGUGAUAUUGACGGAUGGAUUGGGAGGGGCGGGGCCAGAGGCGACCCCCGUAAUGGCGGAGCAUUUGCCCCCGCCCGUUGGUACAUGUGCAAUCCCGAUGAAAAGGCUCAAGAUGAUCCCCCCAGUAACAGAAAGGCUCAUGUUGUAUGUCCGUCAAGACGGCGAACGGGUGUAUACCCCUCUACAUUUGACGCCACCCUCUCUGGUCGGACUUCUCAAUGCCAUCCAAGACAAGUACAAGGUGGCCGUGUCGACUGUGAAGCAUAUCUUUAGGAAGAACAGGAAAGGAAUCUUGGCCAAGGUGGAUGACGAAAUGCUGAAACAUUACUGCAACGAGGACGUGUUUACGAUUUUCAUCGAGAAAGCGGAGAGCGAGGAUACGUACGAGAUAACACUCCGGGAGGACAUGGGAGCUACAUAACCAACGCGAACCUGCCUCGUGCCUUUCCCUCGCAGUUACCAGGCUGUCCUCCAUGCAUAGCAGGGAAAUUUGGCAAGUUGGUCCUUCUCAACCUUCGGCCUUUCGAACUGACCCUUCGUGUUUCUCAUGGUGCAAGGGAUCCAGUCUGAUAAAGAUAUGCUGUGAUGGCGGGCUCUGGAAGAAAUAUUCUCAGUCGGGCUUCCCCCUUUCAUCUUUUCUUCCGCCAGAGACUGCUUCAGACCUUGUGGAACUUUUUUUUCGGUUGCUCUCGCGAAGUUUUCACUCAGAUUGCGAGAAAGAAGUUUGAAGAAGAGGAACCAAAAUCCAAGUGCUCAAAAUGAUCUCUUAUUGUUGAGAAGAUCCCCAUUUUUCUUUUUUUUUUGCAUUUACUACGCUUUUUAUUUCCUCCUUCCCCCUGUUUGUGGUGGCUCCACGUCUCGUCUAUAGAGUGCACGCUUAUCGGUGUAUAUAUCAGCUGUCUCACUUUUUUUUGGUCAGGAAUAUUAUUCAAACUUCCUGUUUUUAGGUGAUAGCACUAAACACUUCCUUGAUGCUUGAAUCGUUUCUUGUGCCAUGCAGGGACUUGAGAUUUUAGUAUAUUUUAUUUAUCUAGGGUGUUUGUAUAUUUUGCAAUCAUAGCAGGGUACCAGUCAAAAAAUUUUUUUGUCCUCUCUAUCUCUGAUUUUCAUGCAAUACGGUGUGACUAUAAAGUGCCAUCAGCUGAACUAACUUUGUAUACGCAGAUUACCUGAUUGAGGAAUGUGAUAAGUCCUCUGUCCAGAGGUCUGAGCCAGACAAAUUCCAGAACGGAUGUCAAAAGUAGUGCCAAAAUGCUAUCACUGCUGAUGACUGUGAUGAUAUGAGCAUGCUGAGUGAUUUUGAAACUUCUAUACAUUGUCACUUUCUAUAGAUGAGUGGAAUAGCCAAGUAUCUCAGUAGCAUUUGGAAAUUGAUACUCUGUGAAGUUCAAGCUGCAAUGUGAAUCUCAGAGGUGGCACGCGGGAAAUGAUAUGUGCAAUGUUGUGUAGAAGUCAUCUGCUUUUUGCAGCAGAAACAAAUGCCUUUCUAUAAUCUGGUGCUAAAAUCGAGAGAGUUUCCUGUAGAGAACAGUUGCAGUUUAUUGUGUAAUUUAUUUCAUGUACCAGGAGUUUUUUUUUGUUCAGAGUUGUUUUUGGAUGUCUAGUUUUCCAGUCUUACAACAAAAUACUUUUUCUUUUCUUGUUCCAAGACUGUGUCUGAUUUGGCGAGCUUAUGGGUAUGUGAGAAAUCUUUGAGUGACUCAUUCCAUUGAAGAAUUUGAAUUUUUUCCCAAUAUGUAUGUGUGGACCAUCUCUUUCUCCAUUCCGCUCCCGCAACUGUCCAUUACUCAAAGAUCAUGAUCAUGAGUACCGUCCAAUGUUCCCGAAAGGGGAAAGUACACCUAAUUUUCUUAUCUACCACAGUACCUAUACCUGAGAGCCUGGAUACAGUGGUUUGGGCCUAUGUCUGUCUGUCGUGCCGACUGGGAUUAUAGUAACACUGAUCUCUGUCGAAAAAGAAGCAAAUAACUUGUUGGAAUCGUGUACUCAGUGACCGAUCCAUCGUUCAUGAGUUCAAUAAAGACUUCGUUACACC